UUUUUUACCAGUUCAUGUCCGAGAGCGUCAAGCUCAGCCAGAUUUCUUGGGACUAACUUAAAAAAUUACCAAAAUGGAUAUCGUAGUACCAGAAAGGCCCAAGGUACUUCCGAGACGUCUUCUGUCCCUUCCUGGCAACAGCAAUGAAUUAUAUUUUCCUAUUCCAAAACCUAGAAAUUUAUAUCAAACGCUAGAAAUGAACAGUCCACCGGUACCGAAGCCGAGAAAUUCCAUUAUGAUUUCCUCACCUCGUCCUGCAGUUAAGCGAAAGCAGCCUAAUUUUGACCAAGAAGUUCAAGAAGAUGAAAAAGGACAGCUUAAAAAUUACAAACCCAAUCUCCAGUCAUGGAUUGACGUCAACUCAUCCAUCCAUCCAGGAGUGGCCAAAGGUAAAAUAUCCGCAUCCGCGGCCACACAGACUUCCACAAUUCCGUUAUCCGUGUGCCAAAUUGAUGCAAAGAAUCGAAUAGUUUGCCCUGCAAAGACGUCAUUUGGAACGAUGGAAUAUUUUGCUGUGUACCUGAAACCCGGUUGAAUGGAGGAGUUGGGAAUGACCGCGGUUAAGAUUACGUAGCAUACGCCACGAUAACAGAUUUCGACCCCGAGAGUAAGCGAUGGAGCGGCAGAACCUGCGGUUUUUUAAAAAUAAAAAUGACAUUUUUAAGCAUACACAAUUUUGAUAAAAUUUUGGACAAGUUUAAAAUUUAGGAACAUAUUUCGCAAAAUUGUGCUGUAACACAUUCUUGAAGUCUAUCAGUAAAAUAAUAUUUAUCAAUUGGUAUUCAUACAUAUAAGCUACAUAUAAGUACCACACAGUAUCAGUUUAAUACAUAGAAAUCAAUAUGUAUUUGCCCAUAGAGGAUUUCUAACAGUGCAAAAACUUCAGCUUGCUAUUACGCCAUAUACUUAAUUUACGUGCAUAGGUCAAGAUUUAAUACGAAUUAUUUUUGCAACGCUAAAUCCGUCAACAAUUAAACACUCAGAAACAAUGUCCUAAAUAAAAAAUUGAAAUUUGUAA